UUUUUCAGUGCGUGCUUUUAAAUAUCUCCUUUGAGUCCUCACAUCCUGUCAGCCCUGAUAGUCAUUUUAAGGAAGUGUCAGAGGGAGAGAGAAAGAGGGAGUUGAAAAGUUCCAAAGCUGCAGAUACCAGGAAGCAGCCAGCAUAAAGAAAAUGGCAAAUAUGUUUGCUAGUGGGAGGAGGAUCCAGAGAACAGACAGCUCAGAGGGUGGAUGUCUUUGGUUAGCCUAUAAGGGUGGAGAGAGGAGGUCCUUACAGGCUUUAGUAUGGUUUUGCUGUUGUCUUUCUGUCUGCCUGACUCUGCAGUUGGCACUAAACCCAGCAGCUUCCUGUUUAGUUUAGUUUCAUUUCUCGCAGACUGGCUAGGAGGGUGUUGUUUCUGAAGCUAUGGCAGAGGCAGAGGAAGAAUUCAGGGUAGCUGCUGACCUGGAAGAUGAGCUCAGCUGCCCUAUCUGUCUGUGCUUCUACAGGAACCCUGUCUCCCUGAGCUGCCAUCACAGCUUCUGCAAGGAGUGCAUCCAGAAAACACUGGCUGCCCAGCAGCAAGCCAAGGCCACCUACUCCUGUCCUAUGUGCAAGGUCGAGCUGGGGCCCUUUCUGGAGCUGCAUAAGAACUUCCAGCUCUGCAGCAUCGUAGAGAAGUUCCAGACGGCUUCUUCAAAGGGAAAGCAGGGCAAGGAGAAGGCCUCUUCGCAAGGGAAGGAGAUAAUCUGUGAUUUCUGCUUGGAGCAGCCUCACACAGCAGUGAAAACCUGUCUGACCUGUGAGGCAUCUCUGUGUCAGGCCCACCUGAGCAAACACAAUGCCAAGGCUGCACAGAAGGAUCAUGUCCUGGUGGAACCCAGUGACAACAGCUCCCUGCAGGAGAGGAAGUGUGGCGAGCAUGGUAAGCUGCUAGAGUGUUACUGUGAAGAUGACCUGGUCUUCGUCUGUGUGAUGUGCACUAUCGCAGGCUCCCACAAGGGCCACAGGAUCAUCACCCUGAAGGAGGAGUAUGACAAGGAGCUGGUUGUUUUCUCUGACACUAUGGAACAGAUGCAGGAAAACAAAAGUGCUCUGAAUAAAACCUUGGGGGAGCUUCAGAAGAGUGAGAAUCAGCUCCAGCUCAAUAAGAAAACUUUGGAUGCUCAGCUAUCAAAGCUCUUCAAAGAGAUCAAGGCAGAGGUGGAUCAGAAGGAGAAGCAGAUCCUGGCUGAUAUACAAGCCAGUGAGAAAAAGCAGCUGUCAGACAUUGCCACACUGAAGAAGCAAACGGAAAAGAAGAGAGAUGAGGCUGCGAAGGAUCUUCAGGACCUGCAGAUGCUGAGAGCGCAAACAGACCCUUUCCAGUUCCUCAGAGAAUUUAAACUGGCACAAGACAGGAUUAAUAAUCAGGAUUUUAGCACUGAUAGCAUGGAAGUAUUAGCACUGCAGCUGGAUCAGACAACAAUUGCAACUGCUAGAAGCUGGACACAGCAGUAUAUCUCAAACCUAGGUUCACUGAUGCAAGCGGUGCACAGUCAAUUCAUUAACCAAACACAGAGGAACAGAGCAGCUCCAGACUUCAGAGACCAUUUCCAUUAUCAAGGUAAUCCAUACCAUCCUUUCUUCAAAAAACAACAGAUGUUUGAUUUUGGAAAUCCCUAUUUUUCAUGGAAAUAGACUGGGAACACAAGGCAGUGAAUGCAGAACAUACAACGAAAGGAAAGGAUGUGGUGUCUGAAAUAGUGGUUCCCAGCAAAGCCCAUGAUUCCCACAAGUAAUGAAGAGACAUGGAAAAUAUUGGGGAAACUGAGACCAAAGAGAUUAAGUUCAACAUUUUCAAAACUAUCUGUUAAUUCUGGGUACUUUUCAAGUGUCCCUGCCAAAAAAACUUCCUGCAGCAAAUAAAAAUAUAGAAUACGAAUGCAAAGAAUUAAACAUGAAUGCAGCAAAAAAAUCCAUGUGGCUUGUCCUUUUCCCUUUCUCACCAACACGUGGAACUGCUUGUUUCAGAGUAUUUACGAACCAAGCUAUAGUCGUGUCACCAGUGAUAAGUCUGACUAAAUAGUGGCUGUGUGUGUGUAAGCUUUUGACUUCUGAUCAAUGUGUUUUGGCGCAAUCAAAUAAAUGAUUACAAACUUGAAAAGUCA